GAUUCAUUGACUCACUUUAUCAAAUACCACUGCUGUUGAAAUUAUUUUUGGAAUAUAGAGAAGUUUCAAUCAUUUGGUAAUAUUUUUUCAAUUGUUACAAUUUUCAAAUAUAAUUUAUCGGUGUUACGUUUAUAUUACUGCUAUACUUAGUUUAUGUAUUUAAAUUUGCAAUUUUUUCUCUUAACCGCAUUCACAAGGAACAGAAAUUUUAACACAUAAUUGACUCACUUUAUCAUAUACAAUGCUAUUGAAACUAUUUUGGGAACAUAGAGAAGUUUCAAUCAUUGGGUAAUAUUUUUUUCAAUUGUUACAAUUUACAAAUGUUACAUUUAUAUUACUGCUAUAUUUAGUUCAUGUAUUUAGAUUUUGUAAUUUCUUUUUUUUUUCAUAUCAUUCACAAGGAACGAAAAGGUACUACGAAAACUGUAGUUUUCCGGGAUUGUUCCGGUCCUUCUACUCACUUUAUUAUUAUCCGAAUUACCUUCUAUGAAAAGGUGUUGCAAGCUUUGCAUUGAAAUGUCACCAAAACGUGGACGUAUUCCGAAAUUGUCAAUAUUUCUCAAAAGUGGUGCUGUUAAGGAAAAGUACCAAAAUCUAUAUUACUUGCCCUCUGAUAUUGUUGUUCUUGAACUUCCAGACUCAAGGACUUUGAAGCAACCAAAGAAGAGGAAACAAUAUGAUCAAUUUUUAGGGGAUUAUGCAAAGCUUAACGGUAGAUCAUACAGAAAAGAAGAAGACUAUAGCCAAGAAAAGCAGGCAAUAUUUUGUGCUAUUAAAACCUCCCGUGAUAUAAAAAUUUGCAGUAGAACAAGAAACCGACUAGAGUUUUGCUUUAUUGAUGUUUUUAAAGCUUCAGACAAAAAAAGUGGAUUGUCUAAGUGUUCUGAAGAUGACGAGUCCUCCAUUACUUUUUUCAAGAAUGAACAUUUGCCCAUUGUAGAGAAUUUCAGCUUGCCUAACGGUGUUGUACAACAUGGAUGUCUUUCUCCUGAGCUUGACCUUACUUUUAAAUCAGCAAACGAAGGGCCUGCAUCUUUUGAAGAGAAUUGCAGCCUGCCUAACAGUGAUGUACAACAUGGAUUUCUUUCUCCUGAGCUUGACCCUAUUUCUGAAUCAAUAAACGAAGAAUUGGAUAGAAUUUUUGGUUUACUAAAUGCUGAAGAAUAUUCAGUUGCCCAAGAAUUAUACAGUAGUCCUGCUGCUGUGGGGAAGUCUGAAAAAGCUGUGGAAGAGAAAGCAUGUGAAGCAGCAGUUUUCUUUGGUUUUCAAGAGUCGAUUCAAAUGUUUGCAGAUCCAUCGGAUCUACGUCAUGGAGAUUUAAUGAAUGACCCUGACUUUAAUGACAAGCGAUUACCUUAUCGUAACUCUGCACAUCUUUGCUCCGAUGUAUCCCUUAAUUCCGAUUUCAAGGUCAUCUUCUUUUCACCAUAGACUAUGGCGCUAGUUUGUUUCGAGUGAUAGAAGGUUGUGCUUUUGCUAUGACAGUAAAGACCUGAGUAUGUGAAUGCUGCUAUUUCUUAUUUUCACAAGCUUAAGGGGUCACAGUACCUUUUGAACAUUUUUUUUUAGUUUAUGAAUAUUGUGUUUUUCUUUGAAACCAUAUCAUACACACUCAUUUCGCAACCAAUAAUUUAUUUUCAAGAUCUUAAAAUAUUGCCCACAUUUUUUAAAAAUUCAAAAAAUUUAGGGAAAUUUCAUUUUUUAAAAAUCCCUAAGGCUUUUUUUGUUUUUGCACUUAUUUAAAAAGAGAUUUUUUCUAAGCAAUCACAAUAUUCAUCUCUAAAAAUCGUGUGCAUUCGUUUGUUUAUAUAUGUAUUGGAACAUUUUCUGUGAUUAAUUAGGUAAAAAAUCGUUUUUUUUUUUUUUAAUUUGUUUUUAGAGGUACAGUCGACGCUCGAUAUAACGACCAUCUCCGUCCCAGAGAAAAAGUUCUUUAUAACGAGUAGUCGUUAUAAGAGGUAUAAAUUUAAAAAAUGUACACCGUCAUCAUGCAUGCCCAAGUUUUUUUUAUCAUAGGAAUUUUUAGAAAAGUCGUGUGCAAAAUAUUAUGACAGAAUAUUAAACAAGUUUUAAAGUAGAAAAUAUAGGGAGGAAAAAAUGUUACACACUUUCAAAUCUACUACUACUACUACUACCACAAAAAUUUCUGAAGAUAAAACCAGAAACAGAGGUCUGCCUUUUUAGCAGACGUAAUUUUUGCAAAACAUUAUUUUCCGUUUCAGAUGUAGGUGAUAAAUUGUGUUUCUCUUGCUUUCCAAAGAAACAUUUAAAAGUCCCUCGAGAACCCCAAAUCUUUAAAACCACUAGAUUCAAACACCAAACUACCAAUACAUCUGUCAACUCCCUUUUCUUAGGAAUCUGGAAAUUUCUCGAUUUUUCCUCCCAUUAUUUUUUCUGUGCUAGCUGUGGUGAAUGGUAAUCCCCCCCCCCCUCUCAAAGUUGGAUUUGACAUUGAAAACUUCAGGCAGAUGUCCGUAAACAAUAAUCAUUGUCAUUUUAAGCUACAAAUUUGUUUUAUUGGAAAGAACACAAGAAAUAGCGUCCACUGAUUCGGUCGCUGUAUUGGAUUAGACGAUACAGAAUGGUCGUUAUAACGAAAGCAAAUUAAAAUAGAGUUUAUAGCAGGGUUGGCCGAAUUGGACCCAAUGGGUUUUUUUGAAAAAACCCAUUUAAAAAAACCCAUUAUUUAGCCCACUUUUGGGUUUUUUUAAAUUUUCUGAGAAGUUUUUAAAAAAAUUAACUAAUUUAAAUACUUUUACAAUUUAAACUUCUUUUUUAUUUGUUCUUCACCACAGACAAUGAACAUAAAAAAUGAAUUUUGAACUGUAAUAGUAUUUCUUAACUCUUAAUGGCAUAAAAAAAAAUACUUCAAAGAUUUUAAAUAAAUAUAUUUAACUUUUUUCUUUAACUGGUCAAUAAAUAAAUCAAAUUAUCUUGACCAAGUCCUGUCACGUCUGAUUUUCUCAAUAUUUGUAGAUUGUACAGAGGAAACUAAUCUAGUUAAAAGGCUUUGAUGUGAAUUAUUUUCUGCUAACCAACACGUCACAAAUCUCGAAUAAACACAAGGUAUAUUUUUUAGAAAUAAACAGAUUUUACAAACGGUCGACAGAAAACAGAACAGGUACAGUAUUUUCAUUAUCUUACGAAAAAGUUUAAUAUUUCUUACUCUGUACACAGAAAUAGAACAACGAGCAACAUAAAAUUCAAAGAAAUGUCUUGAUUAAGCUGGAAUUCAGUAAAAAGGGAUUUAAACUACUUGAGGUUCUACAAUAGUUUUGCAUAACAAAAUGAAAUACAAUAAAGUAAAAUGCAAAAAAAAAAAAUUUAGUAAUUAAAAACGAACAAUAGAUUUUAUCACUCGAGAAGUAACUUUGCCUGAACUGUUGGUAAUAAUGAAAAUUAAAAAAUCUAAAACUUCACCAUUCUUGGGUUUUUUUCGUCCUUUAUACUUUUCUUCAGAAAACUCUGAAUUUUAACUAGUUUUUCAGCUUUUUUUUUACCCACAGACAAUUUUUGCACUUUGUCCAUAUACUUAUGCUACAAGUACCCCACAUUUUCCCUAAAAAAAGACAAAAAAACCCACAUUUCUUUAAAAAAAAACCCAACUUUAGUUGGGUUUUUUUGGGUUUUAUUUAAAAAAACCUUGGGUCCAUGGGCUUUUUUAAAAAAACCCGGGUUUUUGCCAACCCUGGUUUAUAGGAACAAAGUUGGGACUUUUACCACUGGUCGUUACAACGGGAUGGUCUU